GGGGAAACCACGUGGAGUUAUUUAUAUUUUGACAGGGCUAACAAAAAAAACUUGCCAGUGUUAUUUGAUACUUGGAUACAAAUUUACUGCAGAGGUUCUCAUCUCGUUUCUAGCACUCGGUGUAUACACAAAAUCGGCCAUUAAAUGCGUGCAUGUGUAGCAUUCUUGGAGGAAGAAAAACGUUGCUCUGGAGUGUUUUUGUUUGGAUUUUCUUUGAUUUGCCCCCUGAUUGUCGAUUGUAAAUUGUGGUAAUUUAUGGUGGCAAAACAAGACAGAAAUUGUGAAUGGAUAACGGGUUCAUCAUGCUGGACAUGGCAAAGCUUUCUGUGAAUGAAGGGGAGUUAAUGUUUCUGCAUUAAAUGUUGUGAGCUGAUUUUUAUAGUUCAGCAGAGGUAAACUGCAAUAAAACUUAUGUGGAAUGGGUGCUACCUCUCAAACUAAUGUUGAUAUACAAAUCUUCACAUAAAUCGGCCUUUUUCAUGCUUAUCGCUUGCAGUUACAUUGGGAAAUAUAAGAAAUUAACCAUUUAGUGAGAAAUAAUUGCAUGAUAAUACCAGUGUUCAGUGAGUGAUUGAGGCAGCAUUCUUUGUUUUACAAAUGAUUGGGAUUUAUGACAGAAGGAUGCGGUCAGUCUCCUGAAGCAGCCAGGAUGAAAUCUGUCCUAUCUCUGAUUCUGGUCUCUUCCUGUCUGGGAAUGGUUCCUCAGUUCUUGGAAGAGCCUGAGUCGAUGGCAGUGGCCCCUCAGUCUCCAGUGACACUACCCUGCAGAGUUAGUGACCCACAAAGUACCGUGGUGCAGUGGAAGUUCAAUGGAGACUUUGUCAAACAGAAUGAUGCUAGGAAAUUCCAAAUGAAUGGAACAAAUUUAUAUAUACAAAAGUUCAGGCAUAGACGGAAGGCAGAAUCCAGUGAAGGGAUUUACGAGUGUAUAGCCACAAACGAAGCAGGGUCAUUGGCCAGUAAACCUGCAAGACUCUCCAAAGCAGCAUUGAAGCCUUUUAAACCUCGGGAGGAUCUUCAUCUGACUGUUAUGGAGGGACUCAACAUCAACCUGCCCUGUGAACCCCCAGCAAGUAACCCUCCAGCCAAUAUCUUGUUCUCUAAAAAUGGGUCUACUAUCAUCACAGGAAAAUCUAGGAGGUUCCAGGUCUUUGCUGAUGGAAGCAUGAUGAUUCGUAAUGCCAGUCUGGGGGACUCUGGACAGUAUCGCUGUGUGGCGGUCAACCCAGUGACCCUGCGGAACCGAACAGCAAACCACGUAGUUCAUCUCAAAGUCCUGCAAUCUGCUCAGGUAGAACCUCUAGAAAAGCAGCCUGCCAUUAUUUUAUCCUCUACCACCAUCAGAGCUGGCAAGGGAGAAGAUACGGAGUUAGAAUGUGCAGCAGACGGCUCCCCACCACCAAAUAUUACAUGGGACCGCUAUGGUGGUCGAUUGGCUCCAGACAGACACAUCAUACAAAAUGGAAACCUUCAUAUCUUUAAUUUAACACAAGCUGAUGAAGGGACCUAUCUCUGUUCAGCCAGUAAUGGAGUGGGAACAGUGCAGGUCAAGGCCAUGGAGCUAAAUAUAGAAGAACCCCCUUCAGUGACAGCCAAAGCUUCCAAUGCUGUGGUCAAUGCUGGGGAGUCUGUCCAUCUGGUAUGUGAGGUCAAGGGUGAACCAGUGCCAGAUGUCAUCUGGUAUCAUAAUGCAGUUCCUGUAACAGAUUUGCUGAAGGCAGAAAAUGGAGUGACCACCUAUAGUAUUAACAGUAUUCGGAAAUCUCAAGGUGGAAUCUACCAGUGCAUGUCUAGCAAUGAAGCAGGAAUGGCAUACUCUGCCAUUGAAGUGGAGGUCAAAGGUCAAUUAGCCAGUGAGAAUGAAGUACCAGAUAACAUUGGAAAAAUUGCAUCAGGUGGUGUCAUUUCUGGUGGAGUUGACACUAGUCCCAAAAUGUCUAGAAAUGGAAAUAGAAGAAGGAAAAAGGGGAAAAGAAAGAGGAAGAGAAAGAAGGGUGGAAGAAGAAAUAAUAGGAAUCGAAAUAAAGGGCGUCCCUCAAAUGAUGGCCCCACAGUUAAAUUGGUUCCACCCAGUGCCCCUGAUGUGGUCCAGCUGUCGGACACUUCUGUGAAGUUGAACUGGACAGUCCCUGAGAAUGACGGUCUGUCAAUCACUUUCUUUCGAAUCCAGUACAGGGCCAUCAAGCCAAAGAAAACUCAGUGGAAGACAGAAGACACAGAUGUCAGGGGAGAUCAGAGGAUGUAUGAACUUAUACAUCUCAAACAAGAAGGCACAUAUAAAUUUCGAGUAGCAGCUGUUUACUCCAAUAAUGACAACAAACAUGGACCUACGUCAAAGAAGUUUACCCUGAAGACGGCCCCUUACUCUGAGCCCCAGGCCCCAGAGGGGGCACCUGUCAUUGUGGAGGUCAAAGCAGUGGAAUUCCAGAAGAUACAUGGGCUCAAUGUCAAAUGGAAUUAUGUGCCCAAGAAAAAAUCCCCAAUUGAAGGCUUCACACUUCACUACAAAGAAUAUGGUGCCAAAAGCAACUUUACCUCCCUACCAUUAUUGGAACCUACUAUUAGGUCUUACAUGAUCCAAGAUCUCAAACCUGCCACAGAGUACACCAUUAAAAUCCAGAGCUUCAACACUGCAGGUUAUAGUGAUCUCAGCAAUGAAGUGGUCAUGAGAACAAAGGGAGGUGUUCCUUUCCAGCCACCACCUGGCAACAAUGGCCGACCCAUCUCAAACAUAGAUAACGAUUGGCCGUCUCCGGCUCCACCCACCCCUUCCCGGCCAAGUUCUAAUGCCAAAGAGCAGGAGAGAAAUAAUACUCAGUCAAGCAGUGAGAUGUUGUACAUGGUGCUGGGGAUCGUCUUGGGAGUUAUGAUGCUCUUCCUCAUAAUCUUCAUGUUCAUGUGUUGGUGGAAACAGAGACAACAGAGAAGGAGGAUGGAUGCUAUGAAUGAUGCAGUGUGUCAGAAAUUCCAGGACUCUUCACAGAGAAUCUACGCAGAUAGUCUACACAAAAAAUAUCCAAAUGGAGGGGGGUUUGGGUGCAAUGGGGUAAAUGGGGCUAUCCCUAAUGGGCAUGCAGGGAAUGCCUAUACCAGAAUGAAUAUUAGUGUUAAUCCAUUGUCUGAUAUUGAUGUUGCCAACCAUAACCGUGGAUCAAAUUAUCAGACAUCUACAUUUGUGCCUAAUGGCAGUGUACCAAGUCAUUAUAAUGAAAGUGAUAACAACUUUAAUAAAAUAAACCGCAGUAUGGACGGUUCAGUACAUAGUACCUCUCAUCAUAGCCAGCAGUGUAUAGAGACAUUAGACUCAAUGGGAGGGGGUGAGGCACCAGCUUGUCCCCCCUCACCACAUUCAUGUCAUGUGCCAACAGGAUUUAAUAGUGAUUUCAAUUCAGACUCUCCGCAGGAAAGUUAUUCUCAUGGUGGACGGGAUCCCCACUUGAGAAUUUCCCCCAGUGGGGGAAAGAGGGACAUAGGAGUGCAUUAUUCUUGUGACAGUUUGACAAGUGAAGGUGGUGCUAAUUCUGGGAAGCCAAAACGACGAAGAAAACGAGCGUCGAGCCGGGAUCACGGAAUGCGGGAUCAGGCCACCAACACAGAUCUAAGUAGCAAUGAGGGAACUAUAGAGUUCACUUCAUAUGACAGAACAUUAAGUUCAUCUCAAAUUUCUGGUCAGAAUUCAUUUCAACCUCAGACUUUAAACUCCUCUUCUCCAAACUCACAAUUAAUGCAAUCAAAUGAGGAACUAUGACAUCAUAUCCAGAGAGACUCUUCGUCAUCUUUCAUGGAAUCCAAAACCCAGGCUUGAGGAUAGCUGGUGUCGUCUGUUAUGAGAUGUCCCAGAAUGCACC